AUGAAGGCUGGCUGCGUGGAGCGCGCGAUCGUUUCGGCUGGCGGACCGAAGAUUUCGUGCCAAGGGGGAGAGAUUGGCCCGAUGAAGCGAGAUGUCGACGUUGACGUUGACUUUGACAUCAAGGCCGAGGAGGGGGAGGAUGACGAGGACGAUUGGACCAGACUAGAUGCGCGAGGCACCGGGAAGACGCUGGACACGCCGGCCUUCCCAUCGUGGACAGACAAGCAGCGGCAAGAGUUCCAGGGUUUCUAUGAGGCUAUCAACAUGCAGCCCGAGACGGCGGAUAAGACCUAUGUGCCGGUGACCUGGGGGGCGACAAGUACAAGUCCGAUGAUAACUUCUGCCCUUCAUGACAAAUAUAUCAUUCUUAGUUCUCUGGAGCCGGAGAAUAUUCUCCUGGAUUCCUCUGGCCAUGUCAGUCUAUGCAAGCCUGGUCUUUUUGGAUUGGAAUUGGGGGAUGGAGAUCACAUUUUGCCCGGCACGUCCAAGUAUGCAGCCCCCGAGACUCUUCUUGACGACCGAGAGGCUUCCCGGGCAAUGGAUUGUUGGGCUUUGGGGAUUAUUCUCUAUGAGAUGUUGACCGGCAAACCCCCCUUUUACCACAAGGACGACGGCGAGCGCCGGCACAAGAUCAUUAACCAAGGCCUACAGCUACCUGAGAGCCUGCCAUUGGCCGCGAGGGACAUGUUAACUAAGCUCUUUGAUAAAACCCCUAUAGAACGCUUAGGUGCAAACGGAGCUGCCGAAGUGAAAGCCCACCCAUUCUUCCACGGAAGGGAUAAUAUGAGUAAAAAGCAGCGGCACUUCGGACCGAAUCUGGAAACGGAAAGUCUUACAGUAUCCGCAGAAAAACAGUUCAGUAGUAGUAGUAGUAUAUUUGCGCAGAAAUCGUCGCUCAAUCUCAAUGUCUGA